AUGGGCAGCCUGGGCAGCCUGGGCAGCAUGGGCAGCAUGGGCACCAUGGGCAGACAGGCUGCUCAGGCCCAGGGUCUGCUGUCUAAUGGCGAGCCUGACCCUGCCUUUCUGCCCAGUGUCCCGGGCAGUCUGUGCAUCCCCGCCCCUCCGUCAGCCUGGGAGCCGUGGGCACCCAGCGCCGGGCCAGGGCUGCUGGUGCGGGCCACUGGGGCCCAGGGAGGGUCCCGGCCCGGAGCUGGGAGGGCGCGCUGGGCAGAGCAAGUGCGAGUGGACGUGCCCAAGUCAGGAGAGACCUUCGUGGGGCGGAGGGAGCACCGGGCGCCCGGCCACAGCCUGGAAGGAGGCCCGAGGGUGGGGCAGCGAAGGGAGGCGCCCGGGAGGGUGUCUGGGGAGCCUGCAGCCCGGGACCAUCACUGCCGGGCAAGUUGGGAGGACGCUGGCCUCGUGUCCGGCCGCCAGCUGCAGCCUGGAUUGCCAGACACGGACCCGGAGGAGGACCCCUCUGUGACCGAGGGGCCCGUGGACGAGAUCAUUCGGCCUCGGCCACAGGGGUCCUCGCCCGUCUACGAAUGCUCGACGGAGGAGUUCGGACGCCCGGAAGACACACCCAGCAGGCGAGCCCCCUCGGGGCGACGGCGGUCCUGGUGGAAGCGGGAUUCCGGGGACUCCCGGACACUUUCCAAGAUGAGUCGUGCAGAGGAGGCGACGGAGGUGACGCUGGAGACUGAGGCGGAGGCUGGAGUCAGCGGCUACAGCGUCACGGGCGGCGGGGAACAGGGCAUCUUUGUGAAGCAGGUGCUGCAGGGCUCCUCGGCCGCCAGGCUCUUCAGCCUGAGAGAAGGGGACCAGCUGCUCAGCGCCACCAUCUUCUUCGACAACAUCAGCUAUGAGGACGCGCUCAAAAUCCUCCAGUACUCGGAGCCGUACAAGGUCCAGCUCAGGAUCAAGCGGCCACUUCCCGCCGGCGGGGAUGGCGAGCGGGCUCACAGCGCCACCCAGGUCGCCCCGGAGCGCACGGAGAAGCAGGACGUGGGCGAGGCCUACGGGAGCACGGACACUCCCGUGCGGUCGCUGGACGCAGAAGGAGACCAGGAGAGGCUCAUCUCCCGGCCCAGAGAGGGCCGAGGCCGGCGUCCCCGGGGGGACAGGCUCUCUUGGCCCAAGUUCCAAGCCAUAAAGACCAAGCGAGGGCCCCGGAGGUCACGCAGCUCCUCGGAGGCCGGCGAGAGGGGCCAGGCCCUGGACGUGUCCCCCACGAGCUCAGACGCGGAGGCCCAGUUCCUGGCAGAGGAGCGGGAGCCCCGCGCAGGGCCCGGUGGCCAGCGGAGGAGGAGGCUCCUGAACCUGCAGUUCAAGAAGGAUGCAGAGGGGAGCGAUGGAGAAGAUACCAGAGCACUCAGAAAAGGCCGAAAAAAAAUGACCGGAAAGGAACCACAAGGAACACUGCAGGGCGACGUGAGACGUCGGGACACAGAGUUGGCAGCCCGGGACACCAGGUUCAAGAUGCCCAAGUUCAAGAUGCCGUCCUUCGGAGUGUCGGCCUCCGGCAAGCCCGUACAGGCCUCGGCGGACGUGUCCCUGCCCUCCGUGCAGGCCGAGGUGAAGACCAGUGUCAUCAGCCGAGAGCUGGCCUCCGCCGACGUGCACAUGAAGACAGGCGAGCUGGGCGAGAAGCUGCCCGUGGCCCACAUGCCCAAGGUGCAGAUGCCCAGCAUCAAGAUGCCCAAAGUAGAUUUCAAGGGCCCCCAGAUGGACAUCAAGGGCCCCCAGGUGGACAUGAAGGGCCCCCAGGUGGACCUCAAGGGGCCCAAAUUGGACGUGAAGACCCCCAAGGGCCAGGUGACCGGCCCUGAGGUGGACGUGGCUGUCCCCAGCGUGGAGGUGGACGUGCAGGCGCCCGGCGCCAGGCUGGAGGGCGACCUCGGCCUGGGUGACAAGGAGGGGGCCAGCAAGUUCAAGAUGCCCAAGUUCAAGAUGCCGUCCUUCGGCGUGUCGGGACCCGGCAAGGAUCUGGGCACCUCCGUGGACGUGACCAUGCCCAAGGCCACUGGGGAGGUGAGCCUGCCCUCGGUGGGCGUUGACCUCGCGGGCCCCCAGAGGGGGGGCAUCCAGCUUCCCUCUGCUGAGGUGGAGCUGCCAGGGGCAGAGGUGGAGGUGGCCCUGCCCGAGGGAGAGGUGGCCCUGGGCGACCUGAAGGGCAAAGCAGACGGCGCCAGGUUCAAGGGCCACCUGCCCAAGGUGCAGAUGCCCAGCAUCAAGAUGCCCAAGGUGGACAUCAAGGGCCCCCAGAUGGACAUCAAGGGCCCUCAGGUGGACAUCAAGGCACCCAAGCUGGACAUCAAGGGCCCCCAGGUGGACCUCAAGGGGCCCAAAUUGGACGUGAAGACCCCCAAGGGCCAGGUGACCGGCCCUGAGGUGGACGUGGCUGUCCCCAGCGUGGAGGUGGACGUGCAGGCGCCCGGCACCAGGCUGGAGGGCGACCUCGGCCUGGGUGACAAGGAGGGGGCCAGCAAGUUCAAGAUGCCCAAGUUCAAGAUGCUGUCCUUCGGCGUGUCGGGGCCCGGCAAGGAUCUGGGCACCUCCGUGGACGUGACCAUGCCCAAGGCCACUGGGGAGGUGAGCCUGCCCUCGGUGGGCGUUGACCUGCGGGCCCCAGAGGGGGGCAUCCAGCUUCCCUCUGCUGAGGUGGAGCUGCCAGGGGCAGAGGUGGAGGUGGCCCUGCCCGAGGGAGAGGUGGCCCUGGGCGACCUGAAGGGCAAAGCAGACGGCGCCAGGUUCAAGGGCCACCUGCCCAAGGUGCAGAUGCCCAGCAUCAAGAUGCCCAAGGUGGACAUCAAGGGCCCCCAGAUGGACAUCAAGGGCCCUCAGGUGGACAUCAAGGCACCCAAGCUGGACAUCAAGGGCCCCCAGAUGGACCUCAAGGGGCCCAAAUUGGACGUGAAGACCCCCAAGGGCCACGUGACCGGCCCUGAGGUGGACGUGGCUGUCCCCAGCGUGGAGGUGGACGUGCAGGCGCCCGGCGCCAGGCUGGAGGGUGACCUCGGCCUGGGUGACAAGGAGGGGGCCAGCAAGUUCAAGAUGCCCAAGUUCAAGAUGCCGUCCUUCGGCGUGUCGGGGCCCGGCAAGGAUCUGGGCACCUCCGUGGACGUGACCAUGCCCAAGGCCACUGGGGAGGUGAGCCUGCCCUCGGUGGGCGUUGACCUGCGGGCCCCAGAGGGAGGCAUCCAGCUGCCCUCUGCUGAGGUGGAGCUGCCAGGGGCAGAGGUGGAGGUGGCCCUGUCCGAGCGAGAGGUGGCCCUGGGCGACCUGAAGGGCAAAGCAGAUGGUGCCAAGAUCAAGGGCCACCUGCCCAAGAUGCAGAUGCCCAGCAUCAAGAUGCCCAAGCUGGAUAUCAAGGGCCCCCAGGUGGACCUCAAGGGGCCUAAGCUGGAUGUGAAGACCCCCAAAGGCCAAGUGACCGGCCCAGAGGUGGACGUGGCUCUGCCCAGCGUGGAGGUGGACGUGCAGGCGCCCGGCGUCAGGCUGGAGGGCGACCUCGGCCUGGGUGACAAGGAGGGGGCCAGCAAGUUCAAGAUGCCCAAGUUCAAGAUGCCGUCCUUCGGCGUGUCGGGGCCCGGCAAGGAUCUGGGCACCUCCGUGGGCGUGACCAUGCCCAAGGCCACUGGGGAGGUGAGCCUGCCCUCGGUGGGCGUUGACCUGCGGGCCCAGAGGGGGGGCAUCCAGCUUCCCUCUGCUGAGAUGGAGCUGCCAGGGGCAGAGGUGGAGGUGGCCCUGCCCGAGGGAGAGGUGGCCCUGGGCGACCUGAAGGGCAAAGCAGACGGCGCCAGGUUCAAGGGCCACCUGCCCAAGGUGCAGAUGCUCAGCAUCAAGAUGCCCAAGAUGGACAUCAAGGGCCCCCAGGUGGACCUCAAGGGGCCCAAAUUGGACGUGAAGACCCCCAAGGGCCAGGUGACCGGCCCAGAGGUGGACGUGGCUCUGCCCAGCGUGGAGGUGGACGUGCAGGCGCCCGGCGUCAGGCUGGAGGGCGACCUCGGCCUGGGUGACAAGGAGGGGGCCAGCAAGUUCAAGAUGCCCAAGUUCAAGAUGCCGUCCUUCGGCGUGUCGGGGCCCGGCAAGGAUCUGGGCACCUCCGUGGACGUGACCAUGCCCAAGGCCACUGGGGAGGUGAGCCUGCCCUCGGUGGGCGUUGACCUGCGGGCCCCAGAGGGGGGCAUCCAGCUGCCCUCUGCUGAGGUGGAGCUGCCAGGGGCAGAGGUGGAGGUGGCCCUGUCCGAGCGAGAGGUGGCCCUGGGCGACCUGAAGGGCAAAGCAGAUGGUGCCAAGAUCAAGGGCCACCUGCCCAAGAUGCAGAUGCCCAGCAUCAAGAUGCCCAAGGUGGACAUCAAGGGGGCCCCCCAGGUGGACCUCAAGGGGCCUAAGCUGGAUGUGAAGACCCCCAAAGGCCAAGUGACCGGCCCAGAGGUGGACGUGGCUCUGCCCAGCGUGGAGGUGGACGUGCAGGCGCCCGGCGUCAGGCUGGAGGGCGACCUCGGCCUGGGUGACAAGGAGGGGGCCAGCAAGUUCAAGAUGCCCAAGUUCAAGAUGCCGUCCCUUCGGCGUGUCGGGGGCCCGGCAAGGAUCUGGGCACCUCCGUGGGACGUGACCAUGCCCAAGGCCACUGGGGAGGUGAGCCUGCCCUCGGUGGGCGUUGACCUGCGGGCCCCAGGGGGCAUCCAGCUGCCCUCUGCUGAGGUGGAGCUGCCAGGGGCAGAGGUGGAGGUGGCCCUGCCCGAGGGAGAGGUGGCCCUGGGCGACCUGAAGGGCAAAGCAGACGGCGCCAGGUUCAAGGGCCACCUGCCCAAGGUGCAGAUGCCCAGCAUCAAGAUGCCCAAGGUGGACAUCAAGGGCCCCCAGAUGGACAUCAAGGGCCCUCAGGUGGACAUCAAGGCACCCAAGCUGGACGUGACCGGCCCUGAGGUGGACGUGGCUGUCCCCAGCGUGGAGGUGGACGUGCAGGCGCCCGGCGCCAGGCUGGAGGGUGACCUCGGCCUGGGUGACAAGGAGGGGGCCAGCAAGUUCAAGAUGCCCAAGUUCAAGAUGCCGUCCUUCGGCGUGUCGGGGCCCGGCAAGGAUCUGGGCACCUCCGUGGACGUGACCAUGCCCAAGGCCACUGGGGAGGUGAGCCUGCCCUCGGUGGGCGUUGACCUGCGGGCCCCAGAGGGGGGCAUCCAGCUGCCCUCUGCUGAGGUGGAGCUGCCAGGGGCAGAGGUGGAGGUGGCCCUGCCCGAGGGAGAGGUGGCCCUGGGCGACCUGAAGGGCAAAGCAGACGGCGCCAGGUUCAAGGGCCACCUGCCCAAGGUGCAGAUGCCCAGCAUCAAGAUGCCCAAGGUGGACAUCAAGGGCCCCCCAGAUGGACAUCAAGGGCCCUCAGGUGGACAUCAAGGCACCCAAGCUGGACAUCAAGGGGCCCCCCAGAUGGACCUCAAGGGGCCCAAAUUGGACAGGGAGGCAUCCAGCUGCCCUCUGCUGAGGUGGAGCUGCCAGGGGGCAGAGGUGGAGGUGGCCCUGUCCGAGCGAGAGGUGGCCCUGGGCGACCUGAAGGGCAAAGCAGAUGGUGCCAAGAUCAAGGGCCACCUGCCCAAGAUGCAGAUGCCCAGCAUCAAGAUGCCCAAGGUGGACAUCAAGGGCCCCCAGAUGGACAUCAAGGGCCCUCAGGUGGACAUCAAGGCACCCAAGCUGGAUAUCAAGGGCCCCCAGGUGGACCUCAAGGGGCCUAAGCUGGAUGUGAAGACCCCCCAAAGGCCAAGUGACCGGCCCAGAGGUGGGACGUGGCUCUGCCCAGCGUGGAGGUGGGACGUGCAGGCGCCCGGCGUCAGGCUGGAGGGCGACCUCGGCCUGGGUGACAAGGAGGGGGCCAGCAAGUUCAAGAUGCCCAAGUUCAAGAUGCCGUCCUUCGGCGUGUCGGGGCCCGGCAAGGAUCUGGGCACCUCCGUGGACGUGACCAUGCCCAAGGCCACUGGGGAGGUGAGCCUGCCCUCGGUGGGCGUUGACCUGCGGGCCCCAGAGGGGGGCAUCCAGCUUCCCUCUGCUGAGAUGGAGCUGCCAGGGGCAGAGGUGGAGGUGGCCCUGCCCGAGGGAGAGGUGGCCCUGGGCGACCUGAAGGGCAAAGCAGACGGCGCCAGGUUCAAGGGCCACCUGCCCAAGGUGCAGAUGCCCAGCAUCAAGAUGCCCAAGAUGGACAUCAAGGGCCCCCAGGUGGACCUCAAGGGGCCCAAAUUGGACGUGAAGACCCCCAAGGGCCAGGUGACCGGCCCAGAGGUGGACGUGGCUCUGCCCAGCGUGGAGGUGGACGUGCAGGCGCCCGGCGUCAGGCUGGAGGGCGACCUCGGCCUGGGUGACAAGGAGGGGGCCAGCAAGUUCAAGAUGCCCAAGUUCAAGAUGCCGUCCUUCGGCGUGUCGGGGCCCGGCAAGGAUCUGGGCACCUCCGUGGACGUGACCAUGCCCAAGGCCACUGGGGAGGUGAGCCUGCCCUCGGUGGGCGUUGACCUGCGGGCCCCAGAGGGGGGCAUCCAGCUGCCCUCUGCUGAGGUGGAGCUGCCAGGGGGCAGAGGUGGAGGUGGCCCUGUCCCAGAUGGUGCCAAGAUCAAGGGCCACCUGCCCAAGAUGCAGAUGCCCAGCAUCAAGAUGCCCAAGGUGGACAUCAAGGGCCCCCAGAUGGACAUCAAGGGCCCUCAGGUGGACCUCAAGGGGCCUAAGCUGGAUGUGAAGACCCCCCAAAGGCCAAGUGACCGGCCCAGAGGUGGGACGUGGCUCUGCCCAGCGUGGAGGUGGGACGUGCAGGCGCCCGGCGUCAGGCUGGAGGGCGACCUCGGCCUGGGUGACAAGGAGGGGGCCAGCAAGUUCAAGAUGCCCAAGUUCAAGAUGCCGUCCUUCGGCGUGUCGGGGCCCGGCAAGGAUCUGGGCACCUCCGUGGACGUGACCAUGCCCAAGGCCACUGGGGAGGUGAGCCUGCCCUCGGUGGGCGUUGACCUGCGGGCCCCAGAGGGGGGCAUCCAGCUGCCCUCUGCUGAGGUGGAGCUGCCAGGGGCAGAGGUGGAGGUGGCCCUGCCCGAGGGAGAGGUGGCCCUGGGCGACCUGAAGGGCAAAGCAGACGGCGCCAGGUUCAAGGGCCACCUGCCCAAGGUGCAGAUGCCCAGCAUCAAGAUGCCCAAGGUGGACAUCAAGGGCCCCCAGAUGGACAUCAAGGGCCCUCAGGUGGACAUCAAGGCACCCAAGCUGGACAUCAAGGGCCCCCAGGUGGACCUCAAGGGGCCCAAAUUGGACGUGAAGACCCCCAAGGGCCAGGUGACCGGCCCAGAGGUGGACGUGGCUCUGCCCAGCGUGGAGGUGGACGUGCAGGCGCCCGGCGUCAGGCUGGAGGGCGACCUCGGCCUGGGUGACAAGGAGGGGGCCAGCAAGUUCAAGAUGCCCAAGUUCAAGAUGCCGUCCUUCGGCGUGUCGGGGCCCGGCAAGGAUCUGGGCACCUCCGUGGACGUGACCAUGCCCAAGGCCACUGGGGAGGUGAGCCUGCCCUCGGUGGGCGUUGACCUGCGGGCCCCAGAGGGGGGCAUCCAGCUGCCCUCUGCUGAGGUGGAGCUGCCAGGGGCAGAGGUGGAGGUGGCCCUGUCCGAGCGAGAGGUGGCCCUGGGCGACCUGAAGGGCAAAGCAGAUGGUGCCAAGAUCAAGGGCCACCUGCCCAAGAUGCAGAUGCCCAGCAUCAAGAUGCCCAAGGUGGACAUCAAGGGCCCCCAGAUGGACAUCAAGGGCCCUCAGGUGGACAUCAAGGCACCCAAGCUGGAUAUCAAGGGCCCCCAGGUGGACCUCAAGGGGCCUAAGCUGGAUGUGAAGACCCCCAAAGGCCAAGUGACCGGCCCAGAGGUGGACGUGGCUCUGCCCAGCGUGGAGGUGGACGUGCAGGCGCCCAGCGUCAGGCUGGAGGGCGACCUCGGCCUGGGUGACAAGGAGGGGGCCAGCAAGUUCAAGAUGCCCAAGUUCAAGAUGCCGUCCUUCGGCGUGUCGGGGCCCGGCAAGGAUCUGGGCACCUCCGUGGACGUGACCAUGCCCAAGGCCACUGGGGAGGUGAGCCUGCCCUCGGUGGGCGUUGACCUGCGGGCCCCAGAGGGGGGCAUCCAGCUUCCCUCUGCUGAGAUGGAGCUGCCAGGGGCAGAGGUGGAGGUGGCCCUGCCCGAGGGAGAGGUGGCCCUGGGCGACCUGAAGGGCAAAGCAGACGGCGCCAGGUUCAAGGGCCACCUGCCCAAGGUGCAGAUGCCCAGCAUCAAGAUGCCCAAGGUGGACAUCAAGGGCCCCCAGAUGGACAUCAAGGGCCCUCAGGUGGACAUCAAGGCACCCAAGAUGGACAUCAAGGGCCCCCAGGUGGACCUCAAGGGGCCCAAAUUGGACGUGAAGACCCCCAAGGGCCAGGUGACCGGCCCAGAGGUGGACGUGGCUCUGCCCAGCGUGGAGGUGGACGUGCAGGCGCCCGGCGCCAGGCUGGAGGGCGACCUCGGCCUGGGUGACAAGGAGGGGGCCAGCAAGUUCAAGAUGCCCAAGUUCAAGAUGCCGUCCUUCGGCGUGUCGGGGCCCGGCAAGGAUCUGGGCACCUCCGUGGACGUGACCAUGCCCAAGGCCACUGGGGAGGUGAGCCUGCCCUCGGUGGGCGUUGACCUGCGGGCCCCAGAGGGGGGCAUCCAGCUGCCCUCUGCUGAGGUGGAGCUGCAGGGGGCAGAGGUGGAGGUGGCCCUGUCCGAGCGAGAGGUGGCCCUGGGCGACCUGAAGGGCAAAGCAGAUGGUGCCAAGAUCAAGGGCCACCUGCCCAAGAUGCAGAUGCCCAGCAUCAAGAUGCCCAAGGUGGACAUCAAGGGCCCCCAGAUGGACAUCAAGGGCCCUCAGGUGGACAUCAAGGCACCCAAGAUGGAUAUCAAGGGCCCCCAGGUGGACCUCAAGGGGCCUAAGCUGGAUGUGAAGACCCCCAAAGGCCAAGUGACCGGCCCAGAGGUGGACGUGGCUCUGCCCAGCGUGGAGGUGGACGUGCAGGCGCCCGGCGUCAGGCUGGAGGGCGACCUCGGCCUGGGUGACAAGGAGGGGGCCAGCAAGUUCAAGAUGCCCAAGUUCAAGAUGCCGUCCUUCGGCGUGUCGGGGCCCGGCAAGGAUCUGGGCACCUCCGUGGACGUGACCAUGCCCAAGGCCACUGGGGAGGUGAGCCUGCCCUCGGUGGGCGUUGACCUGCGGGCCCCAGAGGGGGGCAUCCAGCUUCCCUCUGCUGAGGUGGAGCUGCCAGGGGCAGAGGUGGAGGUGGCCCUGCCCGAGGGAGAGGUGGCCCUGGGCGACCUGAAGGGCAAAGCAGACGGCGCCAGGUUCAAGGGCCACCUGCCCAAGGUGCAGAUGCCCAGCAUCAAGAUGCCCAAGGUGGACAUCAAGGGCCCCCAGAUGGACAUCAAGGGCCCUCAGGUGGACAUCAAGGCACCCAAGCUGGACAUCAAGGGCCCCCAGAUGGACCUCAAGGGGCCCAAAUUGGACGUGAAGACCCCCAAGGGCCAGGUGACCGGCCCUGAGGUGGACGUGGCUGUCCCCAGCGUGGAGGUGGACGUGCAGGCGCCCGGCGCCAGGCUGGAGGGUGACCUCAGCCUGGGUGACAAGGAGGGGGCCAGCAAGUUCAAGAUGCCCAAGUUCAAGAUGCCGUCCUUCGGCGUGUCGGGGCCCGGCAAGGAUCUGGGCACCUCCGUGGACGUGACCAUGCCCAAGGCCACUGGGGAGGUGAGCCUGCCCUCGGUGGGCGUUGACCUGCGGGCCCCAGAGGGAGGCAUCCAGCUGCCCUCUGCUGAGGUGGAGCUGCAGGGGGCAGAGGUGGAGGUGGCCCUGUCCGAGCGAGAGGUGGCCCUGGGCGACCUGAAGGGCAAAGCAGAUGGUGCCAAGAUCAAGGGCCACCUGCCCAAGAUGCAGAUGCCCAGCAUCAAGAUGCCCAAGGUGGACAUCAAGGGCCCCCAGAUGGACAUCAAGGGCCCUCAGGUGGACAUCAAGGCACCCAAGCUGGAUAUCAAGGGCCCCCAGGUGGACCUCAAGGGGCCUAAGCUGGAUGUGAAGACCCCCAAAGGCCAAGUGACCGGCCCAGAGGUGGACGUGGCUCUGCCCAGCGUGGAGGUGGACGUGCAGGCGCCCGGCGUCAGGCUGGAGGGCGACCUCGGCCUGGGUGACAAGGAGGGGGCCAGCAAGUUCAAGAUGCCCAAGUUCAAGAUGCCGUCCCUUCGGCGUGUCGGGGGCCCGGCAAGGAUCUGGGCACCUCCGUGGGACGUGACCAUGCCCAAGGCCACUGGGGAGGUGAGCCUGCCCUCGGUGGGCGUUGACCUGCGGGCCCCAGAGGGGGGCAUCCAGCUUCCCUCUGCUGAGAUGGAGCUGCCAGGGGCAGAGGUGGAGGUGGCCCUGCCCGAGGGAGAGGUGGCCCUGGGCGACCUGAAGGGCAAAGCAGACGGCGCCAGGUUCAAGGGCCACCUGCCCAAGGUGCAGAUGCCCAGCAUCAAGAUGCCCAAGAUGGACAUCAAGGGCCCCCAGGUGGACCUCAAGGGGCCCAAAUUGGACGUGAAGACCCCCAAGGGCCAGGUGACCGGCCCUGAGGUGUACGUGGCUGUCCCCAGCGUGGAGGUGGACGUGCAGGCGCCCGGCGCCAGGCUGGAGGGUGACCUCAGCCUGGGUGACAAGGAGGGGGCCAGCAAGUUCAAGAUGCCCAAGUUCAAGAUGCCGUCCUUCGGCGUGUCGGGGCCCGGCAAGGAUCUGGGCACCUCCGUGGACGUGACCAUGCCCAAGGCCACUGGGGAGGUGAGCCUGCCCUCGGUGGGCGUUGACCUGCGGGCCCCAGAGGGGGGCAUCCAGCUUCCCUCUGCUGAGAUGGAGCUGCCAGGGGCAGAGGUGGAGGUGGCCCUGCCCGAGGGAGAGGUGGCCCUGGGCGACCUGAAGGGGCAAGCAGACGGCGCCAGGUUCAAGGGCCACCUGCCCAAGGUGCAGAUGCCCAGCAUCAAGAUGCCCAAGGUGGACAUCAAGGGCCCCCAGAUGGACAUCAAGGGCCCUCAGCUGGAUGUGAAGACCCCCAAAGGCCAAGUGACCGGCACAGAGGUGGACGUGGCUCUGCCCAGCGUGGAGGUGGACGUGCAGGCGCCCGGCGUCAGGCUGGAGGGCGACCUCGGCCUGGGUGACAAGGAGGGGGCCAGCAAGUUCAAGAUGCCCAAGUUCAAGAUGCCGUCCCUUCGGCGUGUCGGGGGCCCGGCAAGGAUCUGGGCACCUCCGUGGGACGUGACCAUGCCCAAGGCCACUGGGGAGGUGAGCCUGCCCUCGGUGGGCGUUGACCUGCGGGCCCCAGAGGGGGGCAUCCAGCUUCCCUCUGCUGAGAUGGAGCUGCCAGGGGCAGAGGUGGAGGUGGCCCUGCCCGAGGGAGAGGUGGCCCUGGGCGACCUGAAGGGCAAAGCAGACGGCGCCAGGUUCAAGGGCCACCUGCCCAAGGUGCAGAUGCCCAGCAUCAAGAUGCCCAAGGUGGACAUCAAGGGCCCCCCAGAUGACAUCAAGGGCCCUCAGGUGGACAUCAAGGCACCCAAGCUGGACAUCAAGGGGCCCCCAGGUGGACCUCAAGGGGCCCAAAUUGGGACGUGAAGACCCCCCAAGGGCCAGGUGACCGGCCCUGAGGUGGACGUGGCUGUCCCCAGCGUGGAGGUGGACGUGCAGGCGCCCGGCACCAGGCUGGAGGGUGACCUCAGCCUGGGUGACAAGGAGGGGGCCAGCAAGUUCAAGAUGCCCAAGUUCAAGAUGCCGUCCUUCGGCGUGUUGGGGCCCGGCAAGGAUCUGGGCACCUCCGUGGACGUGACCAUGCCCAAGGCCACUGGGGAGGUGAGCCUGCCCUCGGUGGGCGUUGACCUGCGGGCCCCAGAGGGGGGCAUCCAGCUUCCCUCUGCUGAGGUGGAGCUGCCAGGGGCAGAGGUGGAGGUGGCCCUGCCCGAGGGAGAGGUGGCCCUGGGCGACCUGAAGGGCAAAGCAGACGGCGCCAGGUUCAAUGGCCACCUGCCCAAGGUGCAGAUGCCCAGCAUCAAGAUGCCCAAGGUGGACAUCAAGGGCCCCCAGAUGGACAUCAAGGGCCCUCAGGUGGACAUCAAGGCACCCAAGCUGGAUAUCAAGGGCCCCCAGGUGGACCUCAAGGGGCCUAAGCUGGAUGUGAAGACCCCCAAAGGCCAAGUGACCGGCCCAGAGGUGGACGUGGCUCUGCCCAGCGUGGAGGUGGACGUGCAGGCGCCCGGCGUCAGGCUGGAGGGCGACCUCGGCCUGGGUGACAAGGAGGGGGCCAGCAAGUUCAAGAUGCCCAAGUUCAAGAUGCCGUCCCUUGCGUGUCGGGGGCCCGGCAAGGAUCUGGGCACCUCCGUGGACGUGACCAUGCCCAAGGCCACUGGGGAGGUGAGCCUGCCCUCGGUGGGCGUUGACCUGCGGGCCCCAGAGGGGGGCAUCCAGCUUCCCUCUGCUGAGAUGGAGCUGCCAGGGGCAGAGGUGGAGGUGGCCCUGCCCGAGGGAGAGGUGGCCCUGGGCGACCUGAAGGGCAAAGCAGACGGCGCCAGGUUCAAGGGCCACCUGCCCAAGGUGCAGAUGCCCAGCAUCAAGAUGCCCAAGGUGGACAUCAAGGGCCCCCAGAUGGACAUCAAGGGCCCUCAGGUGGACAUCAAGGCACCCAAGAUGGACAUCAAGGGCCCCCAGGUGGACGUGGCUCUGCCCAGCGUGGAGGUGGACGUGCAGGCGCCCGGCGCCAGGCUGGAGGGUGACCUCAGCCUGGGUGACAAGGAGGGGGCCAGCAAGUUCAAGAUGCCCAAGUUCAAGAUGCCGUCCUUCGGCAUGUCCGGGCUCGGGAAGGAUCUGGGCACCUCCGUGGACGUGACCAUGCCCAAGGCCACUGGGGAGGUGAGCCUGCCCUCGGUGGGCGUUGACCUGCGGGCCCCAGACGGAGGCGUCCAGCUGCCCUCUGCUGAGAUGGAGCUGCCAGGGGCAGAAGUGGAGGUGGCCCUGCCCGAGGGAGAGGUGGCCCUGGGCGACCUGAAGGGCAAAGCAGACGGCGCCAGGUUCAAGGGCCACCUGCCCAAGGUGCAUUUUCCCAGCAUCAAGAUGCCCAAGGUUGACUUUAAGGGCCCCCAGGUGGACCUGAAGGCGCCCAAAGUGGACAUGAAGGGUCACAAGGGCUCAUUUUCUGGCCCCCGGGGGGAUUUUUCUUCUCCUAACGUGGAGGUGGACGUGCAGUCUCCCGGUGCCCAGCUGGAGGCGGACCUGGGCCGGGGUGACCAUGACGGAAGCAGCAAGUUCAAGUUGCCCGAAGUGACGGUGCCGUGUUUCCGUCCAUCAUCCAGUGAGACUUCAGUUUCCUGUGACCCUGCCUUCAGCUACGGUCCUGCAGGUGUGGGCUCUGCCAUCGAGGGCUCUGUUUCAGUGGGUCCCAGUGGUCAUUCUGUUCCGUCUGCUGAGCUGCAUGGAGUUUCUGGCCCCAAAUCUGGAGAAAAGAGCAAAGUUAAGAAACCGCAUUUCAAAAUCCCCAAGGUGUUCUCUCCCCCAGGAAAGUCUCCUCCAGGUCUGGUCCUUCUGGGGGCAGAGCCGGGGGCCCCCACAUCUGGCCCUGCAGGAGCUGCCCCCGAGAUGGCAGCUGAGGACUGGUCUGUCGGGGUGUCUGGAGAGCCACCGGUGCCCCGGCGCCACCUGGGCCGGCCCGGCUUCUCCUCAGCCAGCCACGAUAUCGGUGGUCCCGUUACCGAGUCCUCUAUCGCCACGUCUUGUGAGCGCGUCACUCUUACAAGAUACCAAGUGGCCCUCCCCGGGACCCGCGUUUCUGGGGAGCUGCAGGAGGAAACCCGCUCCGAGCCCCAGCGGGAGGCUCGCCUUCUCAGCUCUGCGGCUUGUGCUGACAUCCAGUCCUGGGAGCACGUUCCUCUGUCCCCACCGGACAGCCGCCCGGGCCCCGUGGACACCCUGACUCUCACAUCGGAAGUCCGGGUGACCUUUCCUAAAUUUCACGGCCCCAAGUUUGCUUUUCCAGGCUCUGCAGCUGCGGCGGCGGACAAGGAGCCGCAAUCUGUGGGGUGUGCCCUGUCUCUCCCCAGCCCCGCGCCGGGACCAGACUCCGAGGAAGCCACUGUGGGCCCGUGGCCGGGCUACCAGCCGCUGUGUGCAAGUGUCUCCCUGUCCCAGGGGAUGCCAGGCAGUGUGGGGAUCCCAGCAGUGGCCUCAGGGGCCGGGCCGGCUGAAGACACUGAUCGUGAGGGGAAAAGCAGCCCCCUAAAAAUGCCCCGUCUCCGCCUCCCGUCCUUCAGGCGGUCCCCGAAGAAGGAGGUCGUGCCUAAAGGGGACCCUGGACAGAGCCUGGCUGCCGAGGCAGGCGUGCCCGGUGCCCCCGGGGACGGGACCCCUGAGACCAAUGGCGAGCAGGGGAAGGCGAAAACGCCUGGCUUUGCCGUGCCGAAACUGGCCCUUCCCAAAAUGAGGUCUUCCAGGGGAGGGGACCCGGAGCCCGCCCUUGCCAGUUCCGCCAGCCCCGCAGCAGCAGGGGGGGCCCCCCAUGCCGCCCCAGGGGCUGGCAGUGAGGGCCCCCCGGGAAGCGUGGGCACGGAGGUCCCCCUGCCACAGGUCCUCCUGCCCACAGGGCCUGACCUCAGACCCAGCCCUGCCGCAGGCGGCCUUCCCCCCCCUGCGCCGGACUCGUCUCUCCGAGAGGGCAGCGGAGGCCCCCGGCUGGCGGCCGACCCCACCAGCCUGCCUGUGGCGGAGGCGGCGGCCCCCGCAGCGGGAAGCCAGGGGGGCGACACGGCAGCGGGCGCGGUGCCGGCCAGCUCGCAGGACAGCUGGUUCAGGAUGCCCUCGCUCCGCCUGCCCAGCUUCUGGCGCUCCUCCAAGGAGCGGGGCGCGGCUGGCGGGCCGGGCGCUCGGCAGGACGGAGAGGCUCCAGCUGCGGUCACGAGUCCCGGGGUCGGUGCCGCUGGGUCGGGGGUGGCGGUCCCUGUGUCCCCCCCACCCCCAGAGGCCGAGGGAGAGGCUCCGAGGCCGAGUCUGGGCAGCAGAGGCCUGACGGUGCACCUGCCUCGGGCAGGGACCGCCUCGGAUGAGCUUCCCAGCGCCGAGAGCGCCCGGCUGGGCCCCGGCGAGGGCUCCCGCCCCCCGCAGGCGCCGGGGGGCAGACCUUCCUCCUGGGAAGCACAGCCUCCCCCUGGGGAACCGGGCGGGACUCCGGCAGGGGGUGCAGGCGGAACGGAGCGCCGGCCUUCCCCGCCCGAGGGCCCCCUCACCCUGAAGGCUUCGAGAACCGACACCCCUGCCCGGGUCUCUGUCGUCGACGUGCGGCAGCUCUGGGCGGACUCUGUGCUCACUGUCAGGUUCCCCGUGCUGAAGGUGCCCAGGUUCACCUUCCCGGCCCCGGGCUCCGAGGGGGAUGUCUUCGUCCCCCCCCUGAGCGAGGCCCUGGCCCAGCGUGAGGAUGGCCCGGGCGCCUGUGGCGCCAGCUUCCUGAAGGCGGGCGCUGGGGUCCCCGGGCAGCAGCCCUCGGCCCCUGACCUCCCCUCGGACGCUUCCCCCAUUUCUAGGGUCAGGGUGCACAUUCAAGGCGCCCGGGGGGAGAGCCACGAAGUCACCGUCCGCAGCAGGGUCACAGCCGACUUUGCCGACCUGCAGGGCCUGGAGGCUUUUUCCACCCAGAUCGUGCGGGAAGCAGAGGUCCCCGCCUCCCAGAUCCAGACGCCGGCCUACGGGUUCUCCCUGCUGACCGGGAAGGUCCUGGAGGCGCCCCUGCGGGCGCAGCUGCACCUGGUCUCCCCGGACGCCCCGCCGCCCGACGCUGCCCCUGGCGCGCUGCAGCCGGACACCGGGGAGCCGUUCGAAAUCAUCUCGCGCACCGCCGCCCUCGCGCCCGGAUCGCCGGCCUCGGCAUGGGAAGCGCACCGCGGCCCCCAGCGCGCAGACAGCUGUUCGGACGAGGAGCCCGCGGAGAUCCUCGAAUUCUCCCCUGACGUCGGCCAGGACGAGGACGGGGAUGCGGCAGAGAGACCCGGGAGCCAGCGGCCCUCGGGCCGGUUCCGGUUCUGGCUUCCGAGCAUCGGGUUCUCUUCCUCCGCGGCCGACGCGCGCGCGGAUCCCGCGGAGGACGCGCCCAGCCCCGCUCCACCGGCUCCGGUCCAAACGCAGCCUGAGGCCCGCCCCGGGGCGGGGCCGCCCGAGAAGCCGGAGAAGGCCGGCUGGUUCCGAUUCCCCAAGCUCGGGUUCUCCUCCGCCCCCAGCAGGAAGAGAGACAGCGCGGGGGAGGACGAGGCAGGCCCGGCCGGGCCCAAGCCCCAGGAAGAAGCGGUCACGUUUUUCGACGCCCGGGACAGCUUCUCUGUGGAGGAGCCCGAGGGCGUGGAGCCCGCCGAGGCGGGCGCCGGGCCCACAACCGAGUGAGGCUGCCGCGUGCUCUCUGGGGAGGGCGGAGGCGCCAGGGCGCGGCCAUCGCGGAGCCUCCGGCCCCGGCCCGACGCUGGCAGCCACGGACGCCGGGACCGUGCCGGGCGGCGUGCUCCUGGGUCUUGGCGCACACGCUUCU